GAGGGAGGGAGGAGCAUAACUGCGCUGAAGCCGAGCCCCUCCAUGCCCCUGCACGCAGAGUGGAGCAGACGGCAACAGCCACACAAACACACUCCACACACCACCAGCACCGCUGCCGCCGCCACCACACACACAUAGUGACGGCUGCCAGGCGCAGUGGGAAGCAAGCCGUCAGGGAGAGCUUGGGAAGAAAGAGGGGGAUCACAGAGGGGAAGAGAAGAAAAGAGUUGGAGGAGGAACCUUGUGGAUCAGAAGGGAUUUUCCUCUGUGUAGAUAGGACUAUCUGCUUCUUCCUGAGCGAGAGGAGUUUUCACUGAGGCUUUUUCUUUUUGCUCAUCCUCCAUGCCGGGCUUCGGCGAUAUCUACCUAUCUAUCCCCGGAGCUUAACAAAAGAGGGAGGGAGUGAGAGAGAGUGAGAAGAAAGGCACUCACAGCUUCAGCUCCAGACCACCCGCUCUCCUCCUCAUCGUACUCCUCUCGUCUCUUUCUAGCUCCACAUCCAUGUGUGAGUUAAUUGCUGAUUUCACUGUUUAUUGAGGAUAGAAGCAGAGGACAGCGUGUGUUCCCCAGGAUACAGCUGAGCUCCCGGCAGGAUCAGGGUCUCGUCUGGUGAGAGAGAGAGGGAGCAAGAACGAGACAGGAAAACGGAUACACAAGAAGAGAGAAAGAGAGACACAAGAGUAAGAGACGCUGGAACGCAAAUUGAGGGGCAUGUUCAGGGCAGUAGAGAGAGCCUGAUUUUUAGAGCCGAGUGCAAGGAACCGGCAAACGGAUCUCAUCCAUCCCUCCCUCCUCAUCCUCUUCUUCUUCUUCUUCUUCUUCUUCUUCUUCUUCCCUCUCCCUUUACCCUCUCUCUGUCCUGCUCUUCAAUUCCCCCUAUUGUUUCUUGUGUUGCCUACCCUCCUAUCUUCCUUUCCUCACCUCCUUCUCCCCCAAUCCUUUUUUUUGCUGCCACUCCGGGUUCUCUCUGCCUCUCUUUCCAGACCUGUCUCUCUUUGUGAGGUUCCCCGUGAGCUCCCAGACAAGUAGACAGACUGAAAUCCCAAGUACUAUCUGUUCCUCCUAUCCCUCCAUUGCUCUGUUUGUUUAUCACACACACACUCACAUACACACACACACACACAUACACAUACACAUACACACAGCUCAGUAGGAGGAGAAGGUUCUCUCUCUGCAUCCUCCACUCUUGGACACAGUCGUCUGAAGGAUCCAGGCCAGGCCCUAGGAGUGAUCGUGCCCCACCUGCGAGCUUCUAUCUCCAUCCUCCAGGACCUUCAAUUGGAUUCCAGCUACAUGGGAAAACGUUUGGAGCAGCAGCCAAUGUACCCCCACUACACCUACUACUACCCCCACUAUCUCCAGACCAAGCAGUCUUAUGCUCCUCCCCCUCCGCCCAUGGCUCCGCCCAGCCCUGGCACCACAGGAGGAGGAGGUGGUGGAGGAGGAGGAGGAGGUCAUGGAGGAGGGCUAGUGGAGCAGCUUAGUAAGACUAACCUGUACAUCAGAGGCCUACCGCCUGCCACCACCGACCAGGACCUCAUCAAACUCUGCCAGCCAUAUGGGAAGAUUGUGUCAACAAAGGCCAUCCUGGACAAGAACACCAACCAAUGCAAAGGCUAUGGCUUUGUGGACUUUGACAGCCCUGCUGCAGCCCAGAAGGCUGUGGCCUCACUCAAAGCCAGCGGAGUCCAGGCACAGAUGGCGAAGCAACAGGAGCAGGACCCCACCAACCUUUACAUCUCGAACCUGCCACUGUCCAUGGAUGAGCAGGAGCUGGAGAACAUGCUGAAGCCCUUUGGUCACGUCAUUUCCACGCGGAUACUGAGGGACGCCAAUGGCCUGAGCAGAGGAGUUGGCUUUGCUAGGAUGGAGUCGACAGAGAAGUGCGAUGUGGUGAUUCAGAAUUUCAACGGGAAAUUCUUGAAAAUCCCUCCAGGCAUGACAGCCCCUGCAGAGCCGUUGCUGUGCAAGUUUGCUGACGGAGGCCAGAAGAAGAGGCAGACCCAGGUCAAGUAUCCCCAGAAUGGACGACCGUGGACACGGGACGGAGAGAGUGGUAUGGCGUUGACAUAUGAUCCCACAGCGAUGCAGAAUGGGUUCUACUCUUCUCCGUACAGCAUCUCCACUAAUCGGAUGAUUGCACAGACGUCAAUCACACCCUUCAUUGCUGCCUCUCCCGUCUCCACAUAUCAGGUUCAGAGUACAUCUUGGAUGCCACAUCAACAGUAUGUUAUGCAACCUACAGGUGCUGUGAUCACCCCGGCAACGGCUCUAGAGCCCAGUUUGUCUCUUCACCCCUCCAGUGUAAUGGCUCCUCUCACCCAGCAGAUGAACCACCUGUCUCUGGGCACCACAGGCACCAAACCACAAAGCCACACACAUGGAAAUUGCCUUUAUCUGUUUGCUGAAAUGUGCGAUGACCCUGGGACCAAGCCAAACUAUUAUUACAUGCCUGCUGCAGCGGCUGGUCCUAUGCAAGGCACCUACAUUCCCCAGUACACUGCAGUGCCUGCCUCGGCCAUCACAGUGGAAGGCAUGGUGACAGACCCAUCUUCACAGACAGCCGCCCCCUCCUCCCAGGACGCUAGUGGGCAGCAGCCUUUAACAGUGGAGACUACAGGAGAUCAUGCCACAGCAUACUCUUACCAGCAGUCAAAAUAACAAGAUUGGUAGGAAUCAUUGCUGCAUUGCCUUUAGAAGGACUGCACUGAGGCGCCGGAGACACAAAGAGAAUCGAAAUGAAACGGGGACAAAAAAAAAAAAAGAGGUGACGGGCAACACUGAGGGGAGAAUGCUUCCACUGUGCACCAAAUAAAAGACAAAAUGAAGAAAAAAAAAAAUCAAUUAAAUUUCUUACCUGGUUGAACCAAGAAAAAGACAGAAGGAAAAAGAAAUGAUGGUUUACCGAACUUGAAGACAAUGAAAUCGAACGCAGUCUGCAGCUUUGAGUUUAUCAUUUCUCACUGUGAGACUGGACUUUGCCUCCGAAGGAAGAAAAGAAGACAGACUGAAAUCUAAACUCAACCAACAAGCUGUACAGAAAAAAAUAACAUUUGAAUGUGCAGGUAGAUUUUCAGACAUUUUUUAUUAAAAAAAAAAAAAAGGAAGGAAGCAAAGUCUAGAAAAAAAAACAGGUUGUCUUCCUUUGAUAUUAAGCUACAUUAUUUUCAUUCUUUUUAUUAUUUGAGUAGUUUUCUAGAAUAUCAAUGUUUUCGUAAAUCUUUAUUGCCUUAAUUUUCUCAAACGUUGGGAAAAAAUGUUUCCAUAGUGUUGAAUUAUUAAAAAAAGAGCGGUUGAAUGAUUUGAGAGCUUCUUGGAGAGUUCCGCGAGCCAGCGAGAUGAAAUCUACAAAGCUAUGUACAGUUGUACAGGAU